GGGUCAACCUCCAAUCGCCUCCUCCCUCCCCACCUUCCCAGUGUCUUAGCUGUGGCUCCACGCACCGUGGCUUGGCCUGGUCCCCAUCCCUUCUCGGUCCACUUUUGCGCUCCCUCACACGGGGGGCGCGCUGUCCCGUCCACUUGGCGGGCACUGACUUUGUACCUCAGAUUCUUAAAGGAGGUCUAGAUUUCUGCUCCUGGGGUACUUUGACGAGGGGUUAACACUGGCACCGUACCGGGCAUCGCACGCCACUGCCACUAUUACUUGUUUCAAGUCCCGUGGUGACUCCAAGUUUGCCAACUUCAAGACUGGGUCUCUGAAGGGCUUCCAGGAGUCCAGCCAGAAGGAGACUACAGGUUUGGAGGGACUGCGAGCGAGUGACACCCCCUCCCCCCGCGCCGCCUCCCCAGAGGCCACUGUCCCAGAGGCAGCAGCUGCAGCAGCGGCAACUGCUGGCAUCCCAUCCCGGCUCCGGUUACUGUCUUCCUCCUCCAGCAUCUCCAGCCAGACAGGGAAAAGCUUGUUCAAGUUUGCAGCAGGACAUGGUCCCUGUGUGAAUCUGGGGCUCCAGGACCGGUCUCCUUCCCGGGGCCCCAUCUUCCGAGCCUAACCAAGAGCUGCAAACAUCGCUUUCUCCUGGGACUCUGCUUGGAGGCCAGUGGCGCUGUGGGGAACAGAUUUUGAAUCUGGGCUGGAGUGGGUGAAGACCGGAGGAAAGCAGGCUGCCUUGCCAAUCACAGCAUCAUCUCAAAACCCGAUCGCUUUUCAAAGAAAAUGGCCAUUUCUUCCAACUCAUGCCUGGGCCUCAUCUGCUCAUUGUUAUGUUAUUGGAUGAGGACAGCAUCCUCUCUGAAUCUGGAAGACCCCAACGUAUGCAGCCACUGGGAAAGCUACUCAGUGACCGUGCAGGAGUCAUACCCGCAUCCCUUUGAUCAGAUUUACUACACGAGCUGUACUGACAUCCUGAACUGGUUUAAAUGCACACGGCACAGAAUCAGUUACCGGACAGCCUACCGCCACGGGGAGAAAACCAUGUAUAGACGCAAAUCGCAGUGUUGCCCGGGAUUUUAUGAAAGCCGGGACAUGUGUGUCCCUCACUGUGCUGAUAAAUGUGUCCAUGGUCGCUGCAUUGCUCCAAACACCUGUCAGUGUGAGCCUGGCUGGGGUGGGACCAACUGCUCCAGUGCUUGUGACGGUGAUCACUGGGGGCCCCACUGCAGCAGCCGGUGUCAGUGCAAAAACAGAGCUUUGUGCAACCCCAUCACUGGCGCUUGCCACUGUGCUGCAGGAUACCGGGGGUGGCGCUGCGAGGAACGCUGUGAACAGGGCACCUACGGUAAUGACUGUCACCAAAGAUGUCAGUGCCAGAACGGAGCGACCUGCGACCACAUCACUGGGGAAUGCCGUUGUUCACCGGGAUACACCGGAGCCUUUUGUGAAGAUCUCUGUCCCCCUGGCAAACAUGGCCCACAGUGUGAGCAGAGAUGUCCCUGCCAAAAUGGAGGCGUGUGCCAUCAUGUCACUGGAGAGUGCUCUUGCCCUUCUGGCUGGAUGGGCACAGUGUGUGGUCAGCCCUGCCCUGAGGGUCGCUUUGGAAAGAACUGUUCCCAAGAAUGCCAGUGCCACAACGGAGGAACGUGUGAUGCUGCCACAGGCCAAUGUCACUGCAGCCCAGGAUACACAGGGGAACGGUGUCAGGAUGAAUGUCCUGUUGGGACCUAUGGAGUUCGCUGUGCGGAGACCUGCAGGUGUGUUAACGGAGGGAAGUGUUACCAUGUGAGUGGGGCAUGCCUAUGCGAAGCGGGCUUUGCAGGCGAAUUUUGUGAGGCGCGUCUGUGUCCUGAGGGGCUAUACGGCAUCAAAUGUGACAAGCAGUGCCCCUGCCACCUGGACAACACUCAUAGCUGUCAUCCCAUGUCUGGAGAGUGUGGCUGCAAGCCAGGCUGGUCCGGACUCUACUGUAAUGAAACAUGCUCUCCUGGAUUCUAUGGGGAAGCUUGCCAACAGAUCUGCAGCUGCCAAAAUGGGGCUGACUGUGACAGUGUGACGGGAAGGUGUGCCUGCGCGCCUGGAUUCAAAGGAAUUGACUGCUCUACUCCAUGUCCUCUGGGAAGCUAUGGGAUAAACUGUUCCUCUCACUGUGGCUGUAAAAAUGAUGCAGUCUGUUCUCCUGUGGAUGGGUCUUGCAUCUGUAAGGCAGGCUGGCACGGGGUAGACUGUUCCAUCAGCUGUCCCAGUGGCACUUGGGGCUUUGGCUGUAACCUAACAUGUCAGUGCCUCAAUGGGGGUGCCUGCAACACCCUGGAUGGGACCUGCACCUGUGCACCUGGAUGGCGAGGGAAGAAAUGUGAACUUCCCUGCCAGGAUGGCACAUAUGGGCUGAACUGUGCCGAGCGUUGUGACUGCAGCCACGCUGACGGCUGCCACCCCAUCACAGGCCACUGCCGCUGCCUCCCUGGAUGGUCAGGUGUGCACUGCGACAGUGUAUGCGCCGAGGGACGCUGGGGUCCUAACUGCUCGCUGCCCUGCUACUGUAAAAAUGGGGCUUCUUGUUCUCCUGACGAUGGCAUCUGUGAGUGCGCACCCGGAUUCCGAGGCACCUCGUGCCAGAGAAUCUGCUCCCCGGGUUUUUACGGGCAUCGCUGUAGCCAGACAUGUCCACAGUGUGUGCACAGCAGCGGCCCCUGCCACCACAUCACAGGCCUGUGUGACUGCUUGCCUGGCUUCACGGGAGCCCUGUGCAAUGAAGUGUGUCCCAGUGGCAGAUUUGGGAAAAACUGUGCAGGCGUUUGCACCUGCACCAACAAUGGCACCUGCAACCCCAUCGACAGGUCUUGUCAGUGCUAUCCAGGCUGGAUUGGCAGUGACUGCUCUCAGCCCUGUCCGCCUGCCCACUGGGGUCCGAACUGCAUCCACACUUGCAACUGCCACAAUGGAGCCUUUUGCAGCGCCUAUGACGGGGAAUGUAAAUGCACUCCUGGCUGGACGGGGCUCUACUGCACUCAGAGGUGCCCUCUGGGGUUUUAUGGCAAGGACUGCGCACUGACAUGCCGGUGUCAAAAUGGAGCAGACUGCGACCACAUCUCAGGACAAUGUACCUGCCGCACGGGAUUCAUGGGACGGCACUGUGAGCAGAAAUGCCCCGCGGGAACGUACGGCUAUGGCUGUCGCCAGAUUUGUGACUGUCUGAACAACUCCACUUGUGACCACAUCACCGGCACCUGUUACUGCAGCCCGGGAUGGAAAGGGGCUCGAUGCGAUCAAGCGGGUGUCAUCAUCGUGGGCAACCUGAACAGCUUAAGUCGGACCAGCACCGCCCUGCCCGCUGAUUCCUAUCAGAUCGGCGCCAUUGCUGGCAUCAUCAUCCUUGUCCUUGUUGUGCUCUUCCUGCUGGCGCUGUUCAUUAUCUAUAGACACAAGCAGAAGAGGAAGGAAUCAAGCAUGCCUGCGGUGACCUACACCCCCGCCAUGAGGGUCAUCAAUGCAGACUACACCAUUGCAGAAACCCUGCCUCACAGCAAUAGUGGAAAUGCCAACAGCCACUACUUCACCAAUCCCAGUUACCACACACUUAGCCAAUGUGCCACAUCCCCUCAUGUCAAUAACAGGGACAGGAUGACCAUUGCCAAGUCGAAAAACAAUCAGCUCUUUGUGAAUCUUAAAAACGUGAAUCCUGGGAAGCGAAGUACCUUGGUGGACUGCACCGGGACACUGCCAGCCGACUGGAAGCAGGGUGGCUACCUCAAUGAACUUGGCGCUUUCGGACUUGACAGAAGUUACAUGGGAAAGUCCUUAAAAGAUCUUGGAAAGAACUCUGAAUAUAAUUCCAGUAACUGCUCCCUAAGCAGCUCUGAAAACCCAUACGCCACGAUUAAAGACCCACCUGCACUCUUGCCUAAAAGCUCUGAGUGUGGUUAUGUAGAGAUGAAGUCACCGGCUCGGAGAGACUCCCCCUACGCAGAGAUCAAUAACUCCACUUCAGCCAACCGAAACGUCUAUGAAGUUGAGCCUACAGUGAGUGUUGUUCAAGGAGUAUUCAGCAAUAAUGGUCAUCUCUCCCAAGAUCCAUAUGACCUUCCAAAGAACAGUCACAUCCCUUGCCAUUAUGACUUGCUGCCAGUAAGGGACAGUUCAUCCUCUCCCCAGAGAGAAGAUGGCGGUGGUGGCAGCAGCAGCAGCAGCAACAGCAACAGCAGCAGCAGCAACAGCAGCAGCAGCAGCAGUGAAUGACAUCAAAGGUCCACUGUGUGAGCUCUGGAACUCUUUCCAUGCCCGCUGUUCAGGUCUCCAUCUUCCAGUUGAUGCUGCAGAUGAAGUUAACUAAUACAAGAAGCAGUUGUUGAACACAUACCAGAAAGCUCCAAGCUGAAGCUGACACCCAUCGUGGUGUGUUAUAAACAGAUGGUUUGGAAGAAAGGAGCUUCAUGAUUUCUCAUUUCUAUUAGGAACUGCAAAACCAGUGACUUGUUUUAAGAUGUUGGCUGAUGGGGUGAACUUGGUAGAACCUUUCAGAGAGAGACACAGGCUUGAGGGGACACUGUAGUUAGCCCCUGGAAAAUUAAAAUCUAUUUGCUAACAUCACAGAGACACCUCUAACUAGGAUUGUUCAGGUUACCACACAUUUACUUAAUGAGAAUGGAAAUUACUAAACAUGUAGGAGACAAGGAAUAUAUUCCCUGAGUCCUUCUUGCAUAAUGUCUUUCCAUUUGGACUCAGGAUCGUAAGGGUUGUAUGGUCAUGGGAGGAAGCAGUCUGUCGGGUGAUAGAAUUGCAUAAACUUCGAAUAAACCCUAGCGAUGGGAGCAAAUCUAAAUACAAAACUUCGUUUUUAGAAUGGGAAAUGUACAAUUAAAAUUAUUUUAGAUACAGUGUAAGUAUUGCAGAAAUCAAUUCAACACAUAAAUAUGGCAUUUCUGUUUGACCUUUGGCCCAUGUUAGAUUCACGACGUCAUUCUAAUCAUCACUGUCUCUAUCAUGCAUAUUUACCACUUCAGAUUCAUAACUUAUCAGUUAUUCAUAAAUACAGAGAUGCAAUCACCUUAUUUUUUAUUGAGUGAGUGUGUGAUGAGUGGCAAAGAGUGUACAUUUAAGUGGAAGAUGCUUGGUUAUGAUAAACCUUUAGUAAUACAUGCCGUAAUAUAGACUUAGAGGAACGUUCCCCUUAAUUUUUCCCUAGAAGUGACUGAAAUAUUUUUGUGCAUAUUUGGGAAAAGGGCACUUUCCUUAUUAAUUGUUGAUUUAGAGAAACUAUGCUUAAGCUGGCCUUUUGCAUUGCUUAUGUGACAUGUACCCAUCCCUUUUAGUUGGUAUGUUCAUUAAGUUGUAUAUUCUAUGUUUUGUAGUGUUUGGAUUGUUAAUGCAAGAAUAUGCUAUGUCAAUUGUUUGCUGCAUCAUUGCCAUUCAUUUUUGCUUGAUAAAAAUGUAUUGUUUUUCUUUGGGAGGGAGGAAAUGAAAAUAUACAAUUUGAACCUGUUAAGGUGGCUAUUAUGAAAAUAUUAUAGUAUCGAUAGGUGCAUAGCUGAUCACUGGAAUGGAACUUUCUAGAGUCCACAAUGGAGCUCUUCUUUCCAUGUUAGUUCCCCGAGUCUUGGUUAAACUCAGGAAGGAGGAGCAGUGGGUACUACAGGUGAUUUACUAAAGACUUCCAUCAUGGUUAUUGAUAACUGACCAUCUAAACGGGGAUACUUUUAAUGGUAAAUCAGGGCGGUGCUAAUAAUCAUUCUGCAUUGGGUUUAAAUGUGGACCAUUCCCAGAGGAUUAGAACAGAGGCUUGCCCAGUGCAUGCUAUAACAGACGCAUAUUUACCCAUGGCUCUUACCUCAUGAGAAUGCCAAUGUGACACAAGAAGGCAUUGCUAUACUAGAGCAUGCAGAGGAGAGGAAAAACUGUGAGGGAACGUAACAUCACAACAGAAGGCAGCAGUCAUUGAUGUUUUAAAGACAUGAAAUCCUCCACGAUAAUCUGCUAGAGUCCAUUUAUAAUUAUCUACUGCGGUAGCCAUAAACUAUUGUCCUACUGAGCCUUUGUGGUGGAAUAUAUACUCAGUUUCCAUUUUACACCUGUGCCCAUCCUGACGAAUUAAUUUGGUCAGGUGAAUAAUUUUUCAAAUGUGUUUAGGGAAAUUAUCUGAAACAGGAUUCAGAAACAAUUGAUUUUUUUCUCAGUAGUUAAGCACUGGUUGAUCCCUAGGGAGCAAACAUCAAACAGAUACAUGGGUUAACAGUCACGGGAGUCAAAUGAAGAAGAUUGGAGCACUUGCCAUUUUUCUCUUCUAAUAUUAUCACUCACUGUAUUUGUACAGCAUUAAAUCCAAACUUGCCCAAAUGAUAACUCAUAUUCUUGCUUUCAUUGGGAGAAUAUAAUAUUUGUGGUUAACUCUAUGAUAAGGAAAUUUUUGUAAUUAUUCAGUGUUAGACACAAAUCCUUCCUGGUAGAGUACUAGUAGCAGACAGAAUGAAAUGUAUUUAGCAUUGUUUGUUGGGUAUUGAUCAAGUACAGAAAAACUGACCUUAGAAGCUUAUAGCAGAGAAGCAUAGGGUGUCACAGACAAAUCUAUUAGCAUAAUAACUGCUGACCGUGAGAAAUGCAGGCUACUUUAUGGAAAUAUGAUCAUUUGAACCUCAAUGGGCCAUAACAGUGGUCAGUCUUAGGGAACUUUGCAACCAAAUGUAAGCUGAAGUCAAGCAAAAGCAUCACAUAAUACCAUAGAUAAUUCACAUAGAUAUUAGAAGUCUACAGUUUAAAUAAGAAAAAAAAUCAUAAAAACUAAUUUUGGGGCUAUGGUUUCCAUCUCUGGGUAACAUGUCCUAUCAUUCCAGUGAAACACUUAAGGGCUAUGUUGAUUUUGAAGUCUUAAUGCCAUGGACAUGUCCAGAGGCUUGCCGUGCAGUGGUUGUUUAUGAAGCAUGGGAUGACACACAGCGAGCUGCCCACAGAGUCCUGCUCAUUACUUGUCUCAGCUUUGUUUUGACAUGACCAAAUUGCAAUGUAUCUCUCUAUAUUUUUUUAAAAAAGGAGAAAUUCAAACUGCAGUAUGGUUUACUUGAUAUUAGCAAACAAAAUUUAACUGUUUGAGUGUUAAACUAUCUCUCUUUUCCAAAGAUGACAAACCCUCCUCAGCAUUAGUUUCAUUGUCAUUUAUACUGCCAAGUAGCUUUAUGAUGAAUACAAUAAACUUUCUGAUAAAAACA